UUAGGAGACGCCGCAGUGGGCUAUUGAUUCGGGACGCGCGCGUGCACCCGGCGCAUUCACCAAAUUUCUAUACCAGUUCCGACCAUGAAGUGUUGCUAACCGAUCAUGUUCUAAAGGCAAAAUGCCGAAAAAGAAGCCAGUGCCGGUCGAAGACCUCAUUAUCCCUCCACAAGACACUCGAAUAUGUGGAACGAUUUGUUUAUGUCAAAUGACUCUAGUUCUAAGUAGUGUAGCUAUUGUUUAUCUGACCGUGGCGAUUUAUGUUCCCUCGACUCGUGCUCUCAAAUCGGGGAUUUCGGAAGAUCCGGUUAUGUGCACAACAACACGAGCCGUUCAGGUAGAAGCGUGUGACUGGGGAUCGUGUGGGGAAUGGUGUCUUAGCAAAACAUCCGGAGCUUGCAUGCAAAUCUACGUCAAUCUUAGACACAACGGGUCUAAUCUACUUUUAGCAAAUUGCACAAACACAGCCAAUAAAACGUGCUACGGCAUUGACCAAGAGAAUGCCAAGAAGAGUCGUUGUAUAGCCGACGACUGUAAAAAUUUGACAGGCACAUUCAAUUGUACCACUGGUAUGUGUAUCAAUAUAACCGAUGCGUUCGAAUGUAUCUUCAAAGAUACGGACCCACCUCUGAAAUGUUCAGGCCGAAGAGGCAAAAUCACUUGUAUCGAUUUAAACGGUUUAUAUAGUUGUAACCGAGGAACGUGCGAACGUAUUCGCACCCCUUACAAUUGUGACAGACGAUGCGUUGAUAUCCCGACCCGCAACAAAAACGUGAUAUUACUAAGUGGUGACAAAGUCUAUCUGUCGCAAUGUCAACGUGCGAUUGACUUAGACAGCGGAGAGGAGGUCUGGAACGAAUCCCAAGACAACAUCAUGAUGUCCUCUUGCUACAACAUCCUCAACACCACCCGAGGAGUGGUCGCAAUCGACUGCGUCAACGGCUCCCUCCUCCCAAACAACGUUCUAAACGACCUGACCAACUUCACCUACCUGAGUUACCUCAGUGUGUUUAACACCGUCCCUUUGGACGAGAAACGCAUAAUAGCCCCCCCUGAGCCCGACCUGCUAAUCGCCAACGAGAGCAAACUCCUCAUCAACCUUGAAGGCUGUGUCAACACGUUGCGAGACGAAUGCAAGGAGUUCCUCCGCGUGUACGGCAAGGACGGCACCGACCACAACGCCCGCGCCCGCUUCCCGUGCUUUUACUCGAACGACAACCCCGGGGUUGUCGUCGCGCGAUUCGACUUAGCCACAACCACCAAACAAUUCCUGAUCGCGUCCGUCUUGCCCACGGUCCUUUUCGUCGUCUCCUGCCUCACCCUCAUUCUAUGUCAACGCACCGUUGUCGUCGGAGACGAUGCUAAAAUGCGGUUUCAGAGCUGCGUUGCCGGAGACGGGGAGACCAUCGAGAAGACAACUUCGGCCAACAACAUGACGGAUCGAGGAGGAGGGAACUCGAUUAUGGCGCUUUGA